UUCUAUUUUUAGAUGUGGAGUUCCCAUUUUACUUCCUGUGAAGUUAUUUACAAGUCAAACAAUGGAUUUAUAAUUUUAGGGGAAAGGUCUUGACAUAAGUAAAUAUGGCGUCGUCAUUAAACAAUGAUGUCUCGAUGGAUGCUUCACCUACAGAUGAAAACUACAAACCUAACACUGUAUCAUUAAGAGGAAACAGAGAACAACACUUGCCACAGGCAAACGGAGUGGAAAAUGAUGACACAACUCCAAAAUGCGUUGUGCAAGAAAAUCACUCAUCUGAGGCGGCUGAAAGUGCAAUUUUGAAUGAAUACCUAGCUAUUGACCAAAGCAAUAACCCUAGCGGUCCAAGUUCUUUCGCAGAGUAUUUGGAACGUUCCAGUGAUACUUCAGUGGUUGGUGAUUGUUACCCAAGUAGAGAAACACCUAGCGAGGAAGGUACAUCUCAUCAAAGACAAACAAGCACACGAACCGAAGAUGAAGAUGACAAAAUCCACAGGUUUUUUCUUGAGUUGACUGCAUCAUGUGGUUUAAAAUGGACUACAUUUCUUGCAGAACUUGGAUACAACCCUAAAGAGCUUUUUCAUUUGUCAGUAGAAAAAAUGGACAACCAUUUUCGCCAUUAUUUGGCAUUUUGGCUUGAAACGGUCACAAGUUUAGGGCAAAACCCAAUUACAUACUUAUACAAUGCACUAUCCCUGGAACGACACCAUGAACUUGUAGAUAAAUUCAAAGAUCAGUUUAAUAUAAAAUAUUCUCCAUGUUCACCACCUCGUCAUGAGUUUGUUUUACUUAAAGAAAACCUUUUGAAGAUUCCUAGUCAAAAAGGAGGAACAAUAACUUCUUUGAACAGAAAGGAAGAAAUUAUGCAUGUUGAAAAAGAAAUUUGGAGUAAUUUAACUGAUAACGAAUUAGAGCAAAUCAAGGCAUAUUUACAUAAUACUAAGAAAGAAAAGUUUGGCAAAAGGGUACUUCAAGAGAUAAAAACCAGUCUUGACUUAUUUCGAAAGCUCCAUGAAACAUGUUUGGUAAAUGAGGACAGCUUCGAAUUUUUAAUAAAAAUUCUCAAAUUUGUGGGCCGGAAUGAUCUUAUACAGAAAAUAAUGGCAUUGGAAACACCAUAUUGUCGAUUUGAAAAAGAUACAGCUAAUGUUAAAACAAACCCGUCAUCGUGUUAUAAUUCUUACUCUGAUAAAAAAAAUACGAUGAACCAACAAUUUAAACAAGAAUGUAAACAUGAGGAGAGCUUUGUUUCAAAGUUUGUUCAUUCAACUAAAAUAAUUGAACAUAGUAUUUCUGCUAAGACCAAGGAAUUAUGGCAAACUGAUUGUGAAGCAAAGGAACUGACAACCAAGUAUGAAUCAUGUCGUCAGAAGAUUCAAAAAUGUGUAGAAGAACGCAUGCAAGUUGAAGCUCAGAUAAAAAAGUUGCAAUCACAUGCAAAUGCUUUACAAUCUACAGAAACUUCUUUAGGAAGCGAUUUAAGUUCACUAGAAUCAGAUAGAAAAGCAGUAAAGAAAUUACAUCAGAAGCAGACGUCUGAAUUAGAUCUGUUUAAAGAUACGUUGGAAAAAGAAAACCAAUUAUACGAAGAAGAAUUGGAACAACACAGGAAACAAACAUUGGAAAAAGAAAACAAAUUACAAUUACAACAGAAAAAAAACGAAUUGGAACACAGGAAACAAACGUUGGAAAAAGAAAACAACAAAAUACAAUUACAACAGAAAGAAGAAUUAGAAAAGAAUCGGAUGUGGCCAGAAAAACAAAUUCCGAGAUAUUCCCCUGUCGAAAACGAUGGCCCCUUUGAGAAUGAGGACAAACCAGCCAAAACACUGAGCAGAUAUGAAUCCCACAUAUCUAGAGACGGAAACGCACAACAAGAAGAAGAAGGUGCGCAAAUAAUUCCUCAAUGUGCUUCCUCUAAAGAGGCUAGAGCUAGACCUCUUCCACAUGAGGUAUCUGUUGAACCUAUGAUACUCAUAAUGGCGGCUGAAGAGAAUAACAACGAUUUAGAAUCAUUCAAGGCUGACGUUUUACUAGCAGUGCCACAAAGUGUUACAAGGAGCAACAUACAUGAGAUAGUAAUUGAAAGCAACAUCACUAAUGUAUUUCUUAAUAGAACUGACAAUCAAAUACAGAAGGCAGUCCUACUAUUUAUUCUGGUGUCUGAAGGUUUUGCAAAACGUUGCUGGCCUGAUAUCUCCAAAAUGAAAAAACUCACUGAUGCAUUAUAUGAUCAACAACCAUUAGUUGUCCCUGUAAUAAUUAAAGCUACUGUCAAACCUCCAAUGGGAUUAAAUUCAGCUCACUCUCUUUGCUUUUAUAGACGUGACCUCUAUUAUAAGGAAGCACUUUCAAAGCUUCUUGGACAGUUUAAGGAAUAGUUUACUUUCUCUGCUUGUAUCAUACUGUAUUGUUUUUCAAUUGUUUCCCCGUUUCAUU